CACCCCCGCACCGAUUGCACGACUGACAUUGACAGUAGCGUCGGUGCCAAAACAUCGCUUUAUGUUUUCUAUAAUUCCAAACGUCUUGAGUCGAUUUUGCUAGCGAAUUAAUAUGGAAAACAUGGCCACCAGAACUCAAACGGCUCAGAGGCCUAACGGCUCGGCGCAGGGCAAGAUCUGCCAGUUCAAAUUGGUUUUGCUCGGCGAGUCAGCCGUCGGCAAGUCGAGUCUGGUGCUGAGGUUCGUCAAGGGACAAUUCCACGAGUACCAGGAGAGCACCAUCGGAGCAGCCUUCCUCACGCAGACUGUCUGCCUGGACGACACCACAGUCAAAUUCGAGAUUUGGGAUACGGCGGGUCAGGAACGGUAUCACAGUUUGGCCCCAAUGUACUACAGGGGUGCGCAGGCCGCCAUAGUGGUGUACGACAUUACGAACCAGGAUACAUUUGGCAGGGCUAAGACGUGGGUGAAGGAGCUCCAGCGCCAGGCCAGUCCAAACAUCGUGAUCGCCCUCGCAGGUAACAAACAGGAUCUGGCCAACAAGAGGAUGGUGGAGUUUGAGGAGGCGCAGAACUACGCCGACGAAAACACGCUGCUCUUCAUGGAGACUUCGGCGAAGACCGCGAUGAACGUCAAUGAUAUCUUCUUGGCAAUUGCAAAGAAAUUGCCUAGGAACGAGCAGGCGAGCGGGGCCAGCGCUAGCGGACAAGGCAGAAGGUUGGCGGAGGGUGAUACGGGUGCAAGGGCUGCAGGCAGCUGCUGCAAGUGAUCGCACUGCAAGGUGAGAUUAGUUGCAGCAUUAUCAACAUAUAUACUCUAUUCUACUGUAUAGCAUACAAAACAAAAAACAAACAAAAAAAAAAAGAAUUAUAUAAUAUAAUAACAAAAAAAAAACAACAAACAAAAAAUUACUAUCCGGGGGUGCUGGAUUUUCAGGUCAGGAGAG